UUACUCGAGCAUCAUAUUCUCAAGAUGUAGAGCCACCUCUGUUAAUUUCGCAUGUCGCCCGGGCAAGAAGAAGAUAAUACUGUCAGCCCACCAUGUCCGGGACCACAGAGCAGAAGGCACGCCACGACCUAGAUGACGACAAACUCGGCAAAUAUCUACAACAGGAAAUACCGGAUUUGAAGUUACCCGUACAAUCGACGAAGAUUGGAUAUGGGCAAAGUAAUCCAACAUAUUUCGUUGAUGAUGCUGGCAAUACGCGUUAUAUUCUUAGAAAGAAGCCAAGUGGGACGAUCAUUUCGCCAGUAGCACAUCAGGUUGACCGAGAGUACAAGGUACUGAAAGCGCUUGGUUCAGUUGAGGGGUUUCCAGUACCGAAGGUGUAUUGUCUUUGUAUGGAUGCAUCGAUCAUUGGUACAAUCUUCUACGUUAUGGAGUUUGUUAAAGGACGCAUAAUAACCGACCCCAACUUAUCGACUUUGUCCCCAACGGAACGCCGAUCCGCCUGGUUCUCUGUUGUCUCCACCCUGGCCUGGCUGCACUCCAUAGACCCUGAUGCCAUUGGACUGUCUGAUUUUGGCAAGAAAACCGGUUUCUACACCCGCCACUGCAACACGUUCUCCCGUAUCGAGGCCCAACAAGCAAAAGUAAAAGAUAUCGCGACCGGUAAAGAGCUGGGUCGCGCACAUCCCAACUUUGACGAGAUUGUAGAACACAUCCGCAAGAAUGUUCCCACUGAUCGCACCAGCAUCAUCCACGGAGACUAUAAAUUCGACAAUAUGAUCCUGCACCCUACGGAGCCACGGGUCAUUGCGAUACUAGACUGGGAAUUAAGCACAAUUGGCCAUCCGCUCAUGGAUGCUGUCUAUGUUGUUGGACCGUACUGGAAUCGUGUAGGUAAGUCAGGUAUAUCUGGAGGCCCGAAAAUGGCAGCGAGAGAUGAUCAAGGAGGAGAAGUGUAUGAGCCAGAAAACCAAGCAGAAAACGGAAUGCCAAGUAUGGACGAACUGCUUGACGAGUAUGCGAAAAUCACGGGCUGGGAUCCGAGGAAAGAUCAGUGGGAGAUUGCCAAGGUCUUCCAUUUGAUGAGGGGAAGCACUAUCAGCCACGGCAUCCAAGCGCGAACAAUCAGUGGGCAAGCAAGCAGCGAAUUUUCACAUGUUUACUUCGAGAGUACGAAGAGGGGUUUGAACGGAGCGCUCGAAAUGGUGAGGUCAAUGAAAGAGAAGGAACCCACCAGGAGUAUGAUUUAAAACAUCACUUGCUCCUGCUUACAAAUUGUUGAGAGCGUAGCCUCCGAAGAAAAGUGUGCUACUCGCAAAAGAAAAAUCUUCGAGGACUUGAACACCUGUAAAGUACCGAUGAAUAUCACUGCAUGUGACGUACAC